AUGGCCAACGUUGAAGUCGCCACCAAUAGGGAACCCGUCCAGAUGUCUGACGGGACUCCAGAUCUGAAGAACGAAGCACAGUCAGGCUCGCUGACCGCCGCCGCCAUGAUGAUCGUGGAGGGUGUCGCGAUCGCUCAGCAGGCAUCUAAGGAGGCAGCCAUCUUCGUUCCUGUUCCAGAAAUGGCCGUUCCAGCCAAAGCAGCGAACGAGUCCGAGAGCGAGACUACCAAGAGCGAGGAAGAAAGCGAGGAAGAAAGCGAUAGCGAUAUCGAUUUCCCUCAGUGGAAUGGACCGAGGCCGCGUGGAAAGCCGGUUACGAAGGUUAGCGGGAGGAAAGACGACAAAAAGGAGAAGGAGAAAAAAGAGAAAGAGAGGAAGGAGAAAGAGAAAGAGGAGAGGGCGAGGAAAGAGAAAGAGGAAAGGGAAAGGAAGGAGAAGGAGAAGAGGGACAAACAGGCCAAGUCUGCCCGCAUGUCUGCCUCCAACGAGAGCGACGCUGUUAUAAUCUCGCAUGACUAG